GAAAAUGAGCACUGUGGGAAGAAAGAGUUCAGUUGAGUUCAUGCGAUUGUUGAAUGGACUCGUAGCUGUCUAUAAGCCUCAAAAUGUCUCAUGUGGGAAGGUGGUGAAACAGUUGCAACAGAGUGUAUUAGCAGAUGUGAACAGAAACUACCACCAUGGCCCAGUCCCAAAACAGCACUAUUUGGUCAACUGGGAAAAAGACGGGAGAGGUAUUGAAGAGCAGGUGAACAACUGUAUGCCUACCGAUACAGGAGAGACAGACCAAAAGAAACUAUCUGAGCUAUCUCAAUAUUUGACCCAAAUCUCAAAAGGCAUCACGACAGAAGGUGCAGAACGGCGAUUGGAUUUCGUACAACUACAGCAAAACUUGGUUCAAAGCGCUUUUUCGUCAGAAGACGUGCAAAUGCAGUACGAAGUGAUGAGUCAUCCAAAAGUGGAGCGUGUCUCUGAAGAUGGCAAAUUAGCAAUAGUCAGUGUGUCCGCUCUCCUCCCCCACCACCCUCUAGUCAGGGGUCCCUUCCACCCCUCUCUAUCUGUCUCUAGAGUCAACUACCUGGACCAGUUCACUUCUGGAAUUCUCCUGCUGGCUGUCAGUCCACGACAGGAGGUAUCCAAAGCAGUGAGGGACGAGGCUGUUAAACUGGACUGGAGACAGAAGUUCAGAGUGGUGGGGGAGUUUGGACUGGCAACUGAUGAUCACACUCUGGGUGGGGGCAACAGACACAGGUGUGAAUACAGUCAGGUGGAGCGGAAGUGGCUGAAGAAGAAGAUGUUCCAGUUUGUGUAUGACUACCAAGUGGGGCUACGCAAACAACUCGCUCUUCCCGCUAGGGACAAUGAUGAUUUGGAGGGUUAUGAGAGAGACGCAGAGGACAUUAUCAACAGGUCACGCACUCUGCACAGAAACACACUAAUCCUGCAUGACAUACAACUGAAGCGAAUGUCUCUUCCAUAUGUUGAAAUGGAGCUGAACACUCACAAUUGCAGUGGUUUUUUCUGCAGGAAGGCAUUGCACCUAAUUGCACACAAACAGAGAACAUAUGCCACUGCACACAAAGUCUCUCUGCAAACUCUGGGUCCAAUUUCAACUGAAGACACUUUGGUGGAACCACAGUUUAAAGUAGAAGCAGUUCUGAACAACAUGCAACACGUAAACUCUAUUCUUAAAACUCACUGUAACAUUGAUAUGGAACUGUUGUUGAAGCUGCCGCGGCGUCAUUCGACGGAAAAUGAACUCUUGAAGCAAACUGAAGUAGAUGAUGAAUUGCAUAGUAGUUUUGACGUUCAGAAUUUGAAAUCGUAGUAACUUUUCUUAAUUAGAACGAUUGGGGCGCACAGACCGACA